AUGGGCGCUGGCAGUUCCAAGCCUGUGGCUGGGGGUAACUCCCAACAUGUCUUCUCCAGCAACUCCCCCGUCCAAUUCUCCUCCAACCUAGUCGAGGCCCUCCAGUCCACCUCCGAGACGGACUCCUCCCGCGCCACGGCCAUCGAGAUCGAGAUCCAAAACCGCGUCGCGCAAGAACUCCAACGCCUCCGCGAGCGCGAGCAACAAACCCUCGCCGAGAUCGAGAAGCGCCUCUCCGAAGUCAAGGACGACGCACUCCCCGUGACAGCCGCUACCGCCCCCCUCGCUGUCUCCUCCGGCUAUCCAGUCGGCUCCUUGAACCUGGACGCGCCGCGGAUCCCCUUCGCUGGCCGUGAGUACGACACCUCGCCGACCGUCGCUACGCCGCAGGAGCCCGCCGCACAACAGCCCGUGGCCAACCGGGAAAUCUCGCGGGACUCGGUCAUGAGCGAGAUCGACGUGCUGCGCAGCCGUCUGGACGGGCGGAGGAAGCUGGUUGAGCUGGAUGAGGGUGUUGCCAAGGCCAAGGCUGAUGUGGUGGCAUGUCUGCGGUUGAAUGACCGGCGGCCGCUGGAUUGCUGGAAGGAGGUUGAUGCGUUUAAAAAGGAGGUUGCGAAGAUGGAGGUCGCUUUUGUGGAUCGCAUUGUGGGUUAG